ACCCACCUACCGUUCGCGUGUUCGCGUUCACGUCUACACGUCUCUUUCUGCGUCUCUCCUCCAAAUAAUGUCGACUACGGGCACGCUCUCAUCGUACUUCACAAAGCGGCGGGAGGUUAAGAGCAGUCGCGCGGGCCCUGAAGAACUACACGUAGACAGCAGUUCAUCAUCCGGCUCGGUACGAGCACGGUUGGAGAAGAAACUGCAGGUGAAGCAGAAAACUGGAUUCGCCUUCAACUUUGCGGUAGACAGCGACGCAGAUGAACAGCGGCAAGGAGGUGGGCAGGAGGGGGGAGACGCUGGCGAACGAGGAUCAUUCUGCUUUAAUUUCAACCCAGCAGACGCCAGCGCUCCUACAUGUGUACCGGAGAGUAACGGAGCAAAAAGAAGAAGCGGCGAUGCCUCUAGCCUACGUGCAGCGCAGGACUUUCUCACCGUGGUCGAAAAGAGUGGAGCGCAACCUAGCGGGAAAAAGAAAAGGACGGGAGCAGGGAAGAAGAAGAAGAAGAAGAAGAAAAAGGGUGGCAAGGGGGAAGCGCAGCAGUCUCGAGAACAGAAAUCUCAAGAUCCUGUCGGGGAAGGACCUGAGCAAGACAAUGUCGUUGAUUGCCCGACCUUCUCCGGUCACUGCACCGUGGGCGACGGCGGAGGGGAAGCAACGAGCAGCGCCGUCGCCUCUCUUCCCGCCGCCGCUGCGAGUGACUCGAGCCCCAAGCGCGAGCACAGGCAACGCCCCCCCGGGCUGCGGCCACCGCCCGGCUUCACGCUGGAAAGCUGGAAGGAUCCUGCCAUAACCGGCGAGGAGCGGCGACGAAGGAGGUUCGGCAGCGGGGUACGGAACAUGGUCGCUAUUCAGCGCAGUUGUGACGCAAGGCGAGGCUUGAUUCCGGAUGGAGAAGUGGGGGAAGAAAAGUUGCCCGAGAGGCAGGGGGGAGGGCUGGGCAGGCCUGGUUGCGACAGAGCACGAGGGAUGGUUGGCGCCGGGGCUCCAGGCAGUACCACCGGCGGUGGAUCAUCGGUUUUUGCUUUCGGCUUUGACAUCGGUAUAUCGUUCGAUGGUGGCAGCUGA